CUUAGGUCUCCUAUCCUGACCUCCACCUGUCCUCUGGGGAGAGGGAUUACAACCCGCUGAAGCCUGUCCUCUCCUGAAGUCCGCCCCGCGCCCCCACCAUCCUUUGAAUGAGGUCGGGUCACCCUGACGGAUGUCUCGUUGUCUCCCGUGAAUUUGGCUUUUGUGGGUUCAUCAAUGAAGGUGGCACUGCCCAGCCCCACGUCCUCCUUUUCUCAGGCCCUUUAAGAGCGGCUCCUUGGACCCCAGCGACACAGACCCCCAGCUCCAGCCAGCCGCGUUACCACGGAGACCAGGCCCGGCUGGGGGAGGGGCGAGCCCGGGCGCGCAGGCGUAGGACCCAGCAGCCCGGUAGCAGCGCAACUGCUCUGACUGGAGCGGAGUGUGAGCGCACAGACUCGGCCAGAGCCCGGCUCCCCUCCCCCUGCCGCGCCAGGUGACCACGGUGGCGCCCUCCCCUGCUGGAUGAGGCCGCGUCACUGAGGCCAUUCUCAGGGACAAAGGUCGGAGCAGCCAGGCUGGCGACAUCCCUGAAAGUGACUCCUAAACCCCUCUGCGGAUUUUCCAACGGCCCCAGAGAGGGGGCAUCAGGCCAAGCUGCUGCGUCAGCUGGUUAGAGGCGACAAGAGCCUGAUCCAGAGGCCCCAGAGACUUGCCACGUUCUCCUGAACCUGAACUCCAAGGCUGCGGCACUGUUCCAAGGCGGGGAUUUGCACAGCGAACCGCAGUCCAACGUCCGCCCCAGGCUUGCUGCCACGCGGCCAACGGCACCAGCCAGCAGGCGGCACACCAUGGCCGUGAGCCUUUUGCGGGACUGGUGCCGGGGGACCUGGAUGUGGACACGCACCGGCGCACUGCUGGUCACCGGCAUCCCGGAGGGCCUGGAGCGAGCCGCCAUCGAGGCUGUCCUGCAGCCGGCCCUCUUGCCCCUUGGCACAUUCAGGCUAUGGAACACCAGGGCCUCGAGGGACCACAAGGCCAAGGCCGCCCUGGUGGAGUUUGUGCAGGACAUAAAUCACGCGUCCGUCCCCAGGGAGAUCCCGGGUAAGGACGGAGUCUGGAGGGUUGUGUGUCAGGACCCCGCGGAGGACCCAGGAGUCCUGAGGCACAUGAGACGCCUGGUGCUGGAUGACAGGCCCUGGAAGGCCACAGGGCCCUGGGCCCCCGAGAACACGCUCCCCUCUCCGGCUAAGGAGACACAGGCCCAGGGCUCAGAGCCAACCGCCAAGAGGGCUGGCCCACCUCCUAGGAGGGGACGCAGGGCUCGAAGAAACAGAGCUAGAGGCAACAGGGGCCAGAGCACCGAGGGACGGGAGCAGCCGUCCACAUCUGCCAGGCGGGAGUCUGACGCCUCCUCAGGGGGCAGCCUGGGCAUCGUGCUGGAGGAGCUGGACCAGGACGACCUGAGCGCGGACGAGGCGCAGAGCCAGCUGUCUGCCACGCUGCACCAGGCCGCCAGGGAGCUCAGCACGAAGGAGUGGGCCCUGCAGGGCCGCGCCCACGCACGAGAGGGGACCCACGAGUUCUUGGCCCUGGUGACGGUGACGGACGAGGCCAAGCAGGAGCCGACGGAGAAAGAGGCCUUGGAGCCCCAGGCCCGUCAGCCUGGACGGCAGAGGCUGGCAGCGGCGAAGCCCGGAGCCGCGGUCCCCGACUGUGCCCUGCUUGCUGUGCGAGACGCGGGCGACGAGGAGCCCGUCGACGGCGAUGCUCCCGAAGGCGAGUCGCAGCCGAACGGGGAGCCGGGAGACGAAGAGCUGGACCACCCCGAGUUUGUGGCCAUUGUGGCCUCUACGGACCCGUCGGACCCCUCGGCCCGCCAGGAGCUGUUGAAGAUCGCUUCCGUGAUCGCGUCCCUGGGCUGGAGACCCCGCACAGACCCAACCGAUACCCUGGGCGAGGUCCUGUCCGUCCUGUGCCAGGACACUGGGGGAGCCCGCGUGCAGGUGCAGGAGGCCGGCCGCCGGGUGGACGGCCUGGUGCUGCGGAAGGCCACGGGCGGCGGGAGCCUGCGGGAGUGCGUGUGCGCCCUGGCCGCGCCCGACCCCCCGUCGCGGGGCAGGAGGGGGCCGCGGGGCCUCCUGGCGGGCUGGGGCGACGGCGAGGGGGGCCUCCUGGAGCUCGUGGCGCUGCUGGCCGCGCGGGACACGGCGGGGGUGACGCCGGAGGCCGGGGACAGCGGCCGGGAGGGCGGGCGGGGCGGGCGCGCCGGAGGCCAGCUGGGCGAGGUGCUGGCGCUGCUGGCUGCCGGGGAGGGCGCGGCGACGGAGGCGGCGGAGAGCGUGGAGUCGGGACCCGAGCGCCGGGCGUCCGGGAAGGCACGGACCAAGCGGGCGCGCACGGCCUCCGGGACCCUGGGCGAGAAGGCGGCGGCCCCGGGCCCGUCGCGCUCCCGCAGACGCCGAGGGGCAGGCGGAGGCCGCGGCGGGCGGGCGGUCACUCCCGAGACGCGCGUGGGGGACCGGGCGGCGGCGCAAGGGAAAAAGAAGGGGCGCGCGGGCGCGGAGGCCCAGGUGCAUGCCGGCGAGGCCAGGGCUCAGCCGCCCCCUGGCUCCGAGUCAGCCCGCGGGAAGAAGGCUCGUCGCGGCGGGAGGCAGUCCCCCAAGUGCCGCUAGGGGAGCCCGGAGUGGCGCCGCCGCACCCGGGGCGCUGCCCCCGCCCCCAGCGGCAGAGGCGGCCUCCCGGCUUCACCGUGC